CCAGAGAGUCAUUGCAGUAGGGGGCGCAGUGACAGGUUUACCCCGACCACGUUCCUGGAAGCCCGAGCUGUGUUGUGUGUAGCGUGUGUGGGAGACAGCUGCUGCCUGUCAGGCUCGGGAACCGGCAGCCAGAAGAGCUUCGUCAGUGGCUCUCUAUGGAAAGGUGUUUUGGAAUCCUAGAUCCCAGCUCCGAGCCUUAGUGGAGGUCACGGCUGUCAAUUCACCGGUGGCCCGAGAGCCAGGCGGAGGACGAAGUGGCGGUGGUGGAGUCUCGCUGGAGAGGUGUGCAGGAAGUAAUUAGUCCUUUUCUCUUGGGAAUGGUCUACAGUUAAGCCUAGUCACAUCUUACUGGGUUGAAAUUGGAAAAGGCUCCGUGGAGGAAGUAGCCUAUGAAAUCUCAAUAAGAAUGCCGGGAAUAAAGAAGGGGGCAUUCGGAACCAACAGAACUGAAUGGGCCAGAGCUCUGCUGCUCUCCACCCCUAGGUUUUGACAGUGUCUCGGGGCCUGUAAGCAUCUGUCGUUUUUGUUUUUGUUUUUGUUUUUUUCCCCUUUCAAGAUGCCAUUCACAGACUUUAUUCUGGCCCUAAAAGACAAUCCCUACUUUGGGGCUGGAUUUGGGCUGGUAGGUGUGGGCACAGUUCUGGCUGUGGCCCGGAAAGGAGCCCAGCUGGGUCUAGUGGCAUUCCGGCGCCAUUACAUGAUCACAUUGGAAGUCCCUGCUAGAGACAGAAGCUAUGCCUGGUUGCUUAGCUGGCUUACCCGACACAGCACCCGUACCCAGCACCUCAGUGUUGAAACCUCAUACCUGCAGCACGAAAGUGGCCGAAUCUCCACCAAGUUCGAAUUUAUCCCCAGCCCUGGAAACCACUUCAUUUGGUAUCAGGGGAAAUGGAUCCGGGUACAGCGAAACCGAGACAUGCAGAUGGUAGACCUGCAAACGGGGACUCCUUGGGAAUCCGUCACCUUCACAGCCCUGGGCACGGACCGGAAGCUUUUCUUCAACAUCCUGGAAGAAGCUCGAGCACUGGCCCUGCAGCAGGAGGAGGGGAAGACAGUGAUGUACACAGCUGUGGGUUCCGAAUGGCGUACCUUUGGUUAUCCACGCCGGCGCAGGCCACUGGAUUCUGUAGUCCUGCAGCAGGGGCUUGCUGACCGAAUUGUCAAAGACAUCCGGGAAUUCAUUGAUAAUCCCAAGUGGUACAUUGACAGAGGCAUUCCCUACAGACGUGGCUACCUUCUUUAUGGGCCCCCUGGUUGUGGGAAGAGCAGUUUUAUAACUGCUCUGGCUGGAGAACUGGAGCACAGCAUCUGCCUUCUCAGCCUCACAGACUCUAGCCUCUCGGAUGACCGGCUCAACCAUCUGCUGAGUGUCGCCCCCCAGCAGAGCUUGGUGCUCCUGGAGGAUGUGGAUGCUGCUUUUCUCAGUCGAGACUUGGCCCUGGAGAACCCUGUAAAGUACCAAGGCCUAGGUCGUCUCACCUUCAGUGGACUGCUCAAUGCUUUGGAUGGUGUCGCCUCCACUGAGGCUCGCAUUGUGUUCAUGACCACCAACCACAUUGACAGGCUGGAUCCUGCCCUGAUACGCCCUGGGCGAGUAGAUCUGAAGGAGUAUGUAGGCUACUGCUCACACUGGCAGCUGACCCAGAUGUUCCAGAGGUUCUACCCAGGGCAAGCGCCUUCCUUGGCUGAGAACUUUGCAGAACAUGUCCUUAAAGCUACAUCCCAGAUUAGUCCUGCCCAGGUGCAAGGCUACUUCAUGCUGUAUAAAAAUGACCCUGUGGGGGCUUUUGAGAAUGUUGAAUCUCUGAAGUGAUUCUCCAGGCCACUAUCUGUUCUCAAAAAAAUCCAUAAACACCAAUCACACUAA